CAAAAAAUUAAAGAGCAGAGAGAAGAGAAUUGUAAAUUAAUAGAAUAAUAAGAAAAAAAGGAUAGAGAAAAAGGAAAAAGGAUAGGAUGGGUUUUAAAGAUCUUUGUUUUGGUGGCUCCUCAAGAUACACUCUCUCACUCUCUUCAGAUCCAAAGAAAAAGGUAAGAAUUCCUUUUAAUUUUAUCUUCUCCUUCCUCUAUCUCUCUUCUUAACAUCCUAAUCCCUUUUCUUUUUUUCUUUUCUUUUUUUCUUUUUACUUCUGCUCUCUGCUUUUGGACUCUUCCAUGAUUUGAUGAUCCAAACCAAAAACCUCUCUUCUCUCUCUUCGCUUCUCUUCUGUGAGUGUCCACGCCUCUUUUUAUCUGCUUCUAUGUCGGCCAUCGACUCACUCAUUCAAUCUUUGAACAACAACAACAAACACCAAGAACCAAACUACGAUUACCCUCUAUUUUUCUCUCUGUUUUCCAAUUCUCUUUUCUUCUCUUCUUCUCCUCUCUAGGAUUCUCUUUUCCCUUCCUUCCAUCAAUUCCCACCUGGGUUUCUUCCCUUCUCUCGAUCGAGCUGAUUCUACCCUCGAUCUUGAUUUUUGUUUCUGACUCUGUUCGAGUUGCGAACCCCUCCUUUUUAGUUUAUUUUUAUCCAAUUUUUGUUCAUGGGUUUUGCGUCUGGUGGUGUAUGAAGUGGUCAAAGCACGGUGAAGAAGCUCCUAGAGAACCCCUUUGAAUUUGGUGAAUGGUAGGUUUUUGGAGCUGUGUAAUUUUGUUGCCAAUUAUAAAGGGUGAAUUUCCGAGAACGGAAGGAUUGUUGGGAAAUUUUUGAUAUGGGUAUAGAGAUUUUGGAGACGUAUUUGCCUCUUCUACCUUCUGCUAUGUUCUGUUUCUGAGAAUUUUGGAAUUCGAUUUCUGAAUUUUGCUGUUGUUAGAUGGUCGACGGGAAAGAGUUGUUUAUGUUCUUCAAGAGUAUUUAAUUGGCUUCGAUUGAGAUGAUUACGUUUAUGGAUUCGAAAGAGAAACUGAAAGAGGUGGAGAAAUGUUUAGAUCCUCAGUUAUGGCAUGCCUGUGCUGGAGGAAUGGUUCAAAUGCCGCCGGUGAACGCCAGAGUUUUCUAUUUUCCACAAGGUCAUGCUGAGCAUUCUUGUGCGCCAGUUGAUUUCAGGAACUGUCCUAAGGUUCCUUCAUAUACCCUUUGCAGAGUUUCUGCCAUCAAGUUCCUUGCGGAUCCUGACACUGAUGAGGUAUUUGCCAAACUUAGGUUGAUUCCCAUAAAUGGAAGCGAACUAGAUUUUGAAGAUGACGGAAUUGGAAGGCUUAAUGGGUCCGAACAGGAUAAACCAACUUCAUUUGCAAAGACACUGACUCAAUCUGAUGCUAACAAUGGUGGGGGUUUCUCUGUUCCAAGGUAUUGUGCAGAAACCAUCUUCCCUCGGUUGGACUAUUCUGCUGAUCCACCUGUUCAAACCAUUCUUGCUAAGGAUGUUCAUGGGGAGACAUGGAAAUUCAGGCACAUUUAUAGAGGGACGCCUCGCCGGCAUCUUUUGACUACUGGCUGGAGUACUUUUGUUAACCAUAAGAAGCUCGUUGCAGGUGAUUCCAUUGUUUUCUUAAGGGCAGAAAACGGAGAUCUCUGCGUUGGGAUUAGACGGGCGAAGAGAGGAAUCGGUGAUGGACCGGAGUCAUCGUGUGGAUGGAAUCCGGCAGGGGGUAACUGUGCUGUUUCGUAUGGAGCAUUCUCCGCCUUUUUGAGGGAAGAUGACAACAGAUUGACGAGGUCUGCUAAUGGCAUGAAUGGAAAUGGAAGUCUUAUGGGAAAGGGGAAAGUGAAGCCUGAAUCAGUUAUUGAAGCUGCUAAACUUGCUUCAAAUGGACAACCCUUUGAAAUAGUAUUCUAUCCAAGAGCUAGUACUCCUGAAUUCUGUGUCAAGGCAGCACUGGUGAAAGCAGCAUUGCAGAUCCGGUGGUGCUCAGGUAUGAGGUUCAAGAUGGCCUUUGAAACCGAGGACUCUUCACGAAUUAGUUGGUUCAUGGGUACCAUCAAUUCAGUUCAGGUUGCAGACCCACUGCGCUGGCCUGAAUCACCAUGGAGGCUUCUUCAGGUUACUUGGGAUGAACCUGAUUUACUUCAGAAUGUGAAACGCGUUAGCCCAUGGUUGGUUGAAUUGGUGUCGAACAUGUCUCCAAUUCACCUUGCCCCUUUCUCACCUCCAAGGAAAAAGUUCAGAUAUCCACAACACCCUGAUUUCCCCCUUGAUAAUCAACCUCCUGUGCCAUCGUUUUCUAGUUAUCUCCAUGGGACUGGCAGCCCCUUUGGUUGUCCUCCCGACAACAACCCUGCUGGCAUGCAGGGAGCCAGGCAUGCUCAUUUUGGUCUAUCCUUGUCAGAUUUUCAUCUCAGUAAACUGCAGUCAGGUCUGUUUUCGAUUGGUUAUCGAUCACUGGAUCCAGCUGCUGGAUCAACUAGACUUUCUGGUAAUAUAAUGACUGAAAAACCAAGUAUGAGUGAAAACGUAUCUUGCUUGCUAACCAUGGCACAUUCUACUCAAGCUUCAAAGAAAUUUGAUGGCGUAAAGACUCCUCAGCUAAUACUUUUUGGCCGACCCAUACUUACAGAAUUGCAGAUGUCUCAAAGCUUCUCUGGUGAUACGGUUUCUCCAGUAGGUACUGGAAAUAGUUCGUCAGAUGGAAACGGAGACAAAAUGACAAAUCUCUCCGAUGGCUCUGGAUCUGCUUUACAUCAACAAGGUCUACCAGAAGGCUCGGCUUGCGAAAAUUUCCAGUGGUACAAGGACAAUCGCCAAGAAAUCGACCCAAACUUGGAUACCGGCCACUGUAAAGUCUUUAUGGAGUCGGAAGAUGUAGGUCGCACUCUCGAUCUUUCUUCACUUGGGUCUUAUGAAGAAUUGUAUAGAAAACUUGGAAAUAUGUUUGGUAUAGAUAAUUCAGAGACAUUGAACCAUGUCUUGUACCGUGAUGUUUCCGGUGCUGUCAAGCAUGUUGGUGACGAACAAUUCAGUGACUUCAUCAAGACAGCAAGAAGAUUGACAAUUCUAACAGAUUCAGGAAGUAACAACGUAGGAGCUUAGAAGGAAGAAUAAGAGUUGAUUUCAACUGUACAGCUGGUCAAUAUCAGGUCCUUCAUUUCCUUGCUGACCUUUCUCUGUUUCAAAUCUGGGAGCUUCUGCUAAGAUUCAAGCUUUUUUUAACUAUGAAAAGCUGAUAUUUUCCUUUUCCUUAUAAUUAAUUUUUUUUUCCCAAUCCAACUUCUGGAGGGAAUGUUUGAAUUUUGGAACUUGCUUACAUCCUCAUGUUCUGUGAUGAACUUUGAGGGGGUUUCUUUUUGGGUUUUUUUUUUUCCUUUCCAUUUUAGGUGGUUAGUUCUUAUUAUAAGUGGAAGUGAUUUGAGAGUAUUGGGAAUGUGUUUGUAAGAGAAGCAUAGUGAAAUAUGAUAAUGAGUUAAAGUGGAGUUGUUCUAAAGGUUUGUGGUCAAAGUAAGUCGUAAAACAAUGGCAUUUGGAAGAAGAAAAGACAAAAAGGACUUACCUUGAAACUUGAGUUUCGUUUUGUAAAAGUUCAAUGUUAUGUAGUGAGUUGUGAGUUUGUUGAAUUAAUGCCAUUCCCCAAAAGAUGGGGAAUUCAAAAGUUUCAUAAAAAAGAAAGUGGUUUUCAUUCAUUGUAUGACCAAAAUGAAUGAUGUAAAUUUGUUUGGUUGGAAA